GUUGGGAUCGUCGCCUCUGCCUGCUUAUAUCCCGACCAAAAUGCUUGCAAACCCACCACAGUGCAAUGACCCAUCACAGUGCAACGAGCAGCACGAUAUCGAUCCAUUCAUCCUCUACGCACAGUCGCUGCACAACUACACACUCCAGUUAUGGACGGAAUCCAGACGGAUCGCAGAGGAGAAAAGGCGCGACAGGGCGGGAGAAUUAGCAGGAGCGCGAAGGAGGGAAGAGGAGAGACAGAAGCAGAGGAAUCCGGUUUUGACGACUGCCAGCAACGCAGUCUAGGUAGAGACCGAGGACAAGACUGGAAUAGCUCGAGAGAACCCGAACCGGUAUUGUGGUCUGCAAUCGCGUUUGCCCUCGCUGCCGGACAUACCAUCGGGCGCACAGUACCCAUGCUAGCGUGCCCCACGCAUACUAUCGACUUGCCUGUUCUACAUGUACGGCAUCCAGAUGCCCAUGGUCACCCAUGAUACGAUAUAUAUCCAGGACUCUUACCUCUUGUAUUCCCCCUUGCAUCCUAUUGAUAUCCGCCUCCUCUCGCUCGCACCUACACAC